AUGAUUAAUUUCCCUGUGUAUUUCAGAGGAAAACUUGGAGGUGAGGAAGACACAUGGCACCUGAGGGAAGCUGGUGCCUCUAUCAAACUUAACAGUGGAGCUGUCCAACAACCUUUGCCAUUUACAUGUAGAUGCUUAUUGUGGAACCCCAGGACCCUCUCCCCACCCCUUGCCAGUGAUGAGAUAUUGGUUAGCAGUGUUAUUGAACUAUCUCAUGAUGGCCCACCGAAUCUGGAAUACAGGGAAAGUGUUGAAGGAUUAAGUUUUACUGUAUCUUUGUUGCACAGUGCCCCAAAUUUGGAGGGGUAUGAGGUGGUUAUCAAGCAACUGACUGACCAAGAGAACAAUGAAUGGAAGGAAUUAAAGACAGAGAAUACUUGGCAUGGAUCAGGUACCGUUAUGUUGUUAUUAAAUACAAGUGUGAAUAACUUAAUGAAUGAUAUUCUCAGGCUCCCUUCUUCACUGGCAUCAAUGUCAGUAUCUGAGCAAUUGUAAACCUCCCCCUCUCCUGAUCCAAAAUUGAUCCGAACUUGUAACCUUAACUUAUCAGUUGGCUGUUGUUGGCUUAGGGGAGGAGUAGAUGUGCAAUGACUCAGAUACUGAUAUCGAUCCCAGCAAUGCGUGGCCUAAUGCACUCAUAAUGUCAAAAUAAACUUCUUGCCACUUCAUGUGCGUUACAAAUCCAAUGGUUUUUUCAAACUUUUUUCCGUUUUCUCUGUAGUUGCAUUCAAGCAGUACGUGUAAUUGUUGCAUAAAUGUUACAUGAAGUCUACAAUGCAUUUCAGUCACUACAAUAUAAAUUUUUCUCAAUCACCAUGUUGUUGCAAACUUUCUUCUUUGAAGCGUAACUAUUCUCAUGAUAUCUGUUGGGGGCAACUUCAUUGUUUGAGGACUUUAAAAUACUGCUGAAGGACGUAAUUUCAACCAUUAUUUUACUUUCAUGCAGAAACGUCAACAGUUUCCAGGUGGCUUUUCCCAUUUGCACAAGCUGUUGGUACAAAAUCAGGAGUUUCUUCAUUUGCUGCAAUCUGGCGUCCUAAGUCUUUCACCUUUUCAAGAGGUACUGCGGUAGGCCCGGGAAUGACCUGUAUUGUGCCUGACUUUCCUGAUGUCAGUGUUCAAAUUCCUCAGAGUUGUGUUCCUGUUAAUCAAGAUUUCUGUGUGACAAUCCAGGUACAUUAA